CAAUUAGCUAAACACUUGGGAAAUCUCUCUCCCCUUUUUUCUCUUUAGUACAGAAUGUCUCAACCUACUGCAACUUCUCUGGCGCUUCAAGAAGAACGGAAAAGAGAAUUAUCGCCUACACCAACAACUGAAACCUCUAAAAGGGCGCGUCAUAAAUUAAAAAGUAUUUUAUCGGAUAGUAGCGAUGAUCACGCACCGUUGAUAAGUUUAGAAGCAUACAAUAACAUUGACGAUGAUGAAGAGGAUGAAGAAUAUAUUGACGACCAUGCGUACUCAAUCUCUGGUAGACCAGCACGGCGUUCCCUACUUAGUGAUCUUUUAAGCAGUCUUCAUCAAGAUGACUCAUUUACUAAGCGACGAAGAAGCUUAAAUUCAUCUGCACUAGGCAUUCUAUCCAACAAUGCCCAUGACGAUGACGAUGAAGAUGAAAAGACAACUUUACCAAUUACACGCUCUUCAAUAAGGCCACCUGCUGAUGAGGUAGAUGCCUUCUUUACAAGUAGCAAUACGGACUAUGGAAGGAUGCGUCAACAACAUCAUUAUGCUCAAACAGAUACCCCAGCCUUCAUCACCCAUCGACCGCACUUUAUCACUCUGACAUUUUUUCAAGAAUUUGGCCCACACAGUCGAGCGAUACCACUUGAUAGCCCGAAAGAAGAGGAUCCGUUGCAUAUUACUUACUUUGAUCGAGAGUAUUCCAAAGGACACAAACUGGGCAGUGGCGAACAUUCUGAAGUGUACUAUACGCGCCGGCUAUCCACGGGAGAUGUGAGUGCUAUCAAGAAAUCAAAAUCCCCUUUUACUGGCUGGGAAGACAGAUGGCUACAGCUGAUAGAAGUAGAAAACUUGUAUAAAGUAAGGUUUAGUGAACGAUGUCUGGGCAUAAAGUCAGCUUGGGAAGAAAAUGGACACUUGUAUAUUGAAACAGAACUAUGUGCUUGCGGAACGCUUCAGGAUUAUUUUGACUUUAAGGACAGAAAGAUACCAGAAGAUACCAUUUGGGGGAUAUUUUAUGAAAUAUUGAUUGGAAUUAAUGAUAUUCAUGAAGCAAAUGUAGCCCAUCUUGACUUGAAACCUUCGAAUAUAUUGAUUGAUAACAGUGGCUCUAUCAAAAUAGCUGAUUUUGGUAUAUCCAUUCAAACUCCUGCAGAAAUGAGAUGGGUCAAAGGAGAAGGCGACAGAAAAUAUAUGGCACCGGAGUUGCUAAGAGAAGAUUUUGAUAAGCCAGCGGAUAUCUAUAGCUUAGGCAUGCUCUUGUUGGAGCUAGCAACUGGACUUGGACUUCCAGAAAAAGGCGAACCGUGGGAGUUGAUUCGAUUUGGUGAUCUAACGCAUCAAGAAGAGGAGCUGUCAAAACUGACACCAGAAUUAAGUAACAUGAUCAGAUGUUUACUUAAUCGAGAUCCAAUCAUAAGACCAACAGCUAAAGAGCUUUUAGCAUCACCCGAGUUCGUCAAGAUACGCAAGAGUACAGAGGGUCCACUAUUAAGUUAUGUCCAAGAACUGGAAAAGUUAGAAGCAGAAGCACCCAAGACGCAUGAGCAUCAGGAUAUCUUUUCUACACCUGAAUCAAGGAUCAUGGAGAAUCCUUAUCCUUCACCCUUGUAAAAAUAUCAUGGUUCAUUGAUAUGUAUAUACACCGUGUAUGCGAGAGUUAUUAUACCUUUGUGUAGCCAGAAGAAUAAAAUAAAAACUUUUACACAGCAUUUAAUGACACUGAAUAUUCAAUUUAUUAUUUACACAUUAAAUGGGUGGGAAACGAUGGUUUGUCUCUUUUCCAUGCUCAAGGAUGUCAAACAUGAUCCUUUUGUAAUCUUGACCACCAUAAGCUUCUUGAAGGUCUGAGUCACCUGCAGCAACUGGUGAACCUUCAGGAUCUUCUUUGCUUGCUUUAUAGAUUCUUCCGUCAAGUACGACAUCAAGUAAAUCAGUGCUCUCUUUAUUUUGUCGCCAUUCUUCGGCUCUGCCGUCUUGACAGAUGAGGUAAAACUUCUUAUCUCCAAAGUCGCUAACGAUUUUCUUGGGCAUGAUU